AUGGAUUUUGAGGAAUAGGAUGAUGAAUGUAUGAUAGAUGAUCAUUUAUAUAAUUUAAAAAAGGAGGAGGAUUUAAAAGUUGAUUAUUAAUAACUUGAAUAGAAUGAUUAUGAAAGUAAAACAUGUGCCAAAUUAUUACAAAAAAAUAAAGAAUAUCAAAAGUCAUUGGGAUAUUUUAAGUAAUAUUUAGAAAAAAAAAUAACAAAGAAAUAAUAGCAAAUAUAAUAAUUAGAAUAGAUUCUUGCAACAAUUCCAAAAUAAGAAGAAGAAAUAAAUCUAAAAGAGAAAUGUUCGGCAUAUAUAACUUUGGAAAUAUUACAUGAUUCAAAAUAAAGGAAAAUAUUUUCAUAUGCUGUAAAUGAUUUUGAGGUGUUAAAAUAAGAGAACUCUCCUUAUUAUGUGAAAUUGAUUUAAGAUUUAAAAAAGAAAGACUUAAAGUUAAAAAAGCUAGAUUAUACAUCUCCAAGAUUUAGAUAGCAAUGUAAAAAGAAAUAAAGAUAAAAUAUAUUAACUUAAGCAAUACAACCUAAAAAUACUUAAAUAAGAGAAUUAAUAAUAAAAGAAGUUGUUAAUUGUUUACCAAAUGACGGACAUGAAAUUUAAUGGUCAUUAUUACCAAUUCAUGCAACAUAAUUAUUAAAUAUAUAUACAAGUGAUUAGAAUAGUAUAGAAGUAAUAGAAAUAUAUAGAAUUUGGUUAAAGAAGUAUCAUUAAUUGUACAACAAUUAAUUUACAUUAUAGGAAGAUACAAAAUUAGUAGAAUUAGUAUAAAUGAUAGGAGAUAAUUAAUGGGCAUAUUUGGCUAAAUUAAUAACAACAAAGACUUCAAUUUAAUUAAGAGAAAGAUGGUUUAAAUUUUUAAAUAAGAAUAUAAAGAGAUAAAGAUGGAAGAUUUUGGAGGAUUUAAAAUUAAUAAUAUUAGUAGAUUAUUUUGGAGUUGGAUAAUGGAAUAAAUUACAUUAGUUUUUUAAGAAUAGAACAGAAGUAUAAAUAAGAGAAAGAUGGUGUAAUGUAUUAGAUCCUGAAUUAGAGAUUCGUUAAUGGACAGAAGAGGAAGAUUAAGAACUUUUAGCAUUAAAUUAGAAAUAUGGGAAUGCUUGGAGUGUUGUGAGUUUAAAAUUAAAGAGAACAGAUAAUGAAUGUAGAAGAAGAUUUCAAUAAAUUAAAAAAUGA